CAGCUGACCCGAGAGGGUUUGAAGCUGCACCGGGAGGGAGCGAGGCCGCAGCAGCAGGGGCGGCGGGCGCUCGGACCCCGGCUGCCCCGCCGCGCCCCGCCCCGGCAUGGCAGCCCCAGUGGGCCGUCGGGGCUCAGAGACCGAGCGGCUACUGAGCCCCAGUCCUGGGUAUGGCACCCGGGCUGGGGCUUCCCCCAGCCCUCCGGAAGAGGAGGACCUCCGCCGCCGGCUCAAGUACUUCUUCAUGAGUCCCUGUGACAAAUUUCGGGCCAAAGGCCGCAAGCCCUUCAAGCUCAUGCUGCAAGUCGUGAAGAUAUUGGUGGUCACCGUGCAGCUCAUCCUGUUUGGGCUCAGCAACCAGCUGGCAGUGACGUUCCGGGAGGAGAACACCAUUGCCUUCCGCCACCUCUUCCUGCUGGGCUACUCGGAUGGGGCGGACGACACUUUCGCGGCCUACACGCGGGAGCAGCUCUACCAGGCCAUCUUCCACGCUGUGGACCAGUACCUCCUGCUCCCUGAUGUGUCGCUUGGCCGGUAUGCCUAUGUGCGAGGCGGGGGUGGCCCCUGGGCCAACGGCUCGGCCCUGGCCCUCUGCCAGCAGUACUACCACCGAGGCCACGUGGACCCAGCCAAUGACACCUUUGACAUCGAUCCCAUGGUUGUCACUGACUGCAUCCGGGUGGACCCCCCCGAAAGACCCCUUGUGCCCCCCAGUGAUGAUCUCUCCCUCUCGGAUGGCAGCGCCAGUUACAAGAACCUCACGCUCAAAUUUCACAAGCUGAUCAACGUCACCAUCCACUUCCAGCUGAAAACCAUCAACCUCCAGAGCCUGAUCAACAAUGAAAUUCCCGACUGCUACACCUUCAGCGUCCUGAUCACUUUUGACAAUAAGGCGCACAGUGGGCGUAUCCCCAUCAGCCUGGAGACACAGGCCCACAUCCAGGAGUGUAAGCAUCCCAGCGUCUUCAGGCAUGGAGACAACAGCUUCCGGCUCCUGUUUGACGUGGUCGUGAUUCUCACCUGCUCCUUCUCCUUCCUGCUGUGCGCCCGCUCGCUGCUCCGUGGCUUUCUGCUGCAGAACGAGUUUGUUGGGUUCAUGUGGCGGCGGCGGGGACGGGUCAUCAGCCUCUGGGAUCGGCUGGAAUUUGUCAACGGCUGGUACAUCCUGCUGGUCACCAGCGAUGUGCUCACCAUCUCGGGCACCAUCAUGAAGAUCGGCAUAGAAGCCAAGAACCUGGCGAGCUACGACGUCUGCAGCAUUCUCCUGGGCACCUCCACGCUGCUCGUCUGGGUCGGCGUCAUCCGCUAUCUGACCUUCUUCCAUAAGUACAACAUUCUCAUUGCCACACUGCGGGUGGCCCUGCCCAGUGUCAUGCGUUUCUGCUGCUGUGUGGCUGUCAUCUACUUGGGCUAUUGCUUCUGUGGCUGGAUCGUGUUGGGGCCCUACCAUGUGAAGUUUCGCUCGCUGUCCAUGGUGUCGGAGUGCCUGUUCUCGCUCAUCAACGGGGACGACAUGUUCGUGACGUUUGCCGCGAUGCAGGCGCAGCAGGGCCGCAGCAGCCUCGUCUGGCUCUUCUCCCAGCUCUACCUCUACUCCUUCAUCAGCCUCUUCAUCUACAUGGUGCUUAGCCUCUUCAUCGCGCUCAUCACGGGCGCCUACGACACCAUCAAGCCUUGGAUAUACAGGCCCAGACCUUGUUCCUGCCAUGUGUGCCCACUCAGUAGAUGUUCCCUUGCAGGCCCCCAGCUUGUGUCAGCACCCUGGCGGUGCUGGCGCAGAGGAGAGCGAGCUCCAGGCCUACAUCGCGCAGUGCCAGGACAGCCCCACCUCCGGCAAGUUCCGCCGAGGGAGCGGCUCCGCCUGCAGUCUCCUCUGCUGCUGUGGCAGGGACGCCUCGGAGGAGCAUUCGCUGCUGGUGAACUGAGUCGGAGCCGCCACUGCUACUGGACACUAGCCCUCCGACUGCGGAGACUCACGCUUAUUUAUUUGUAGGGUUUGCUUUUAAGGACCGGUUCCCUCCCGCGCCCUGAGGACCUGGGCCAGUCGGGUCGGACGCGGGUGGGGACGGGCGGGGUGGGUGUUAAAUAAACGGGAAAAUAAAUGUGUCUUCAUUUAUAGCGGGA